AAGAGAAAGAAAGAGAGAGAGAGAGAGGAGGGCCUCUCGCCCUCUUAUUAAAACCUUGCCUUCUCCAAAUCUUAAGAUUUCUCAAUCUCUCAGCUUCCUUUUUUUUUUUUCCUCUUUCUCCGUUUUUUUUUCUUAUAUAUUACGGAAUCCAGAAUCGUGGGUCGAUCGGUUAUUACAUAAUCCGAUCACGACCCAUCUGCUCUUUUUCCAUCCUAUUUGCUUCCCCCUUUGAGAAAUGGAAAUGGAAUCAUGUAAGCUCUUCAUCGGUGGGAUAUCCUGGGAAACCAGCGAAGAUCGUCUUCGUGAGUAUUUUCAGAGUUUUGGUGAGGUUUUAGAGGCUGUGAUUAUGAAGGAUCGAGCCACUGGUCGUGCUCGUGGCUUUGGUUUCAUUGUCUUUGUUGAUCCUAAUAUUGCUGAGAGAGUCGUUUUGCUUAAACAUAUUAUUGAUGGCAAGAUUGUUGAGGCUAAGAAGGCAGUUCCAAGAGAUGAUCACGCAGUAAUGAACAAAAGUAACAACAGCCUCCAGGGAUCACCUGGCCCAUCUAGCUCCAAGAAGAUCUUUGUGGGGGGUUUGGCAUCCUCGGUUACAGAGGCUGAGUUCAAAAAGUAUUUUGCUCAGUUUGGUAUGAUCACCGAUGUUGUCGUGAUGUAUGACCACAGAACGCAGCGGCCUAGAGGCUUUGGGUUCAUCUCUUAUGACUCUGAGGAAGCUGUCGACAAAGUGCUGCAGAAGACAUUCCACGAACUCAAUGGUAAGAUGGUGGAGGUCAAACUCGCUGUUCCUAAGGAAAUGGCUCUCAACACAAUGUGGAACCAAAUGAAUGUAAAUAGCUUUGGCAAUAGUAGAAUCAGCUCGUUACUGAAUGAUUACACCCAGGGAUUCAGCCCGAGUCCAAUCUCUGGUUAUGGAGUAAAACCUCACGUUAGGUACAGUCCAGCAGUAGGUAAUAGGGGAGGAUUCUCACCGUUUGGACAUGGGUAUGGAAUCGAGCUGAAUUUUGAGCCAAACCAGACUCAGAACUAUGGAUCUGGUUCAGGCUUUGGUCGACCCUUUAGCCCUGGAUAUGCUGCGAGUCUCAAUAGGUACGGUAGCCAGAUGGAGUCUGGAGGAGCUAGUGUCGGGAAUGGUUAUGUGCUUAAUGCAGCAACAAAAAACCAUUUAUGGGGAAAUGGUGGUCUAGGUUACAUGUCUAACUCUCCGAUAUCAAGAAGCAGCUUUAAUGGAAACCCUGGAAUGCCUUCAUUAGGCAGCAUCGGAGACAACUGGGGAGCAGCUGCACGUGCACGCAGUAGCUACCACGGUGAGAGAGGAGGCUUAGGAUUAGAGGCAAUGAGAGGAGUUCAUGUUGGUGGUUACAGCAGUGGCUCAAGCAGGUUGGAGGCAGACUCUCUGUACAGUGACUCAAUGUGGCUUUCGCUGCCCGCAAAGGCAGAGGAAGGAUUGGGAAUGGGAGCAUUGGACUUCAUGUCUAGAGGACCAGCUGGAUACAUCGACAGGCAACCAAACGGAGGAAUUGCAGCUUAGAGAGGUGAGAAUUCUAUACCAUUGGAGAUCAGGUGAUUGCAGAAGAGACUUUUUAGAAGAGGAAAAAAAUUAUUAAAAAAAAAAAAUUAUUAUUGGUUCCAAAAAGCUUAAAGCUUUUCUUUACUGUUUUACUAUUUUGAUUGUUGUUAUAGCUUU